GACGCUGUUGGUUCACAUUUUUCUGCCGUGUUUCGUUCAAGACAGAACAGUGACUUUUUGCGAUGUUCCUGCUGAGCACCGGAUUAUUACUACUUGAUUUGAUGCUCAUCUUUGCCACGGACAAACCUAUGCCACGAAGAGAUGCUGAUUAUCCGCCGCAAUUUGUGCUAGAAGCUGCCAGAAUACCGCACCGGGAAUGCGUUGCCGAAACUGGUGUUGCAGAGGCAGCCAUAAAACGAUUCAGCGAUGUGGAAAUUUUUGAUGACGACGAAAAGUUAAAGUGCUACAUGGACUGUAUGUUUCGGAAGACAAAUCUCACCGACGAAAAAGGGGAGCUGCAUUUCGGAAAGGCACUGGAAUAUGUUCCCCAAGAGUUGGAAGACAUAGCGCUGAAAAUGGGCGUCAAGUGCACAAAGCCAAAGGGUAAAACGUUGUGCGAACGGGCUUUUUGGAUCCACAAGUGUUGGAAAACCGCUGAUCCUGUGCACUACUUCCUGGCAUGAUCGACUGGAAGGGGCUGGCGUUCCGUGAAAUAUUUAAAGUUGAAUAAAAUCUGAAAUGUUUGCAUCUUAUUUCAUCAUUGGUAACCGUUUAUUUUUCAAAUCAUUUAAAUCAUUUCCGUUACAGUUAGUUUAGUUACAUUAUCAUAAAAAAGUCUCAUAUCUUGUGUACCAUGGUGUACAACUGCGCAAGCGUGGGUAACACAGAACUAUUUUUCAAUGCAAAUAAGUCAAAAAAGCUACAGAUUAGGAAUUAUUUCGAUCAGAAAACGUCCACAUGAAUCAUCAACAUUCUGGAAUAUGUUGAUCCUUGUAACGCAGUUAGUUAUCAUCAAGUUCUGUCGGUCCCACUGCUGGUAGAUAUCAAGAAUGGUACAAUUAAAAACGUUAUUUAAGGUUUUUGUUGAUUAUUAAAUAUUCCAGUAACUUAAGCAAAUAAAUAAUAAAUGAAUUUUUCCUAUACCAGAUUGGUAACAAAACAACAAGAAAUUUUUGAAACUACCCAAAACGUACUACAAACAGAUUUUAUGAAAAAAAAAACUAAUUCGAGUAAAAUAAAAUAAUAAUUUACCUACACAUUUUUCCCCGCU